AAAAAAACUUAAAGAGUGGAUUUAAAUAAAAUGACUUCAAUGAACAGUUUCUCGAAUGCUGGAGCCAAUGCGACGAGAAUAUGCAAACCAAACCAAAAUAUUCAAGUUUAUGUGCGCGUCAGACCUAUGAACGCUCGGGAAUAUGGCAUAAGAUCAUCAGAGGUCAUCGAAGUCCACCCGCCCAAAGAAAUCGUCACUCGUCACAUCGUCGACUCCAAACUCACCAAGAAAUUCACAUUCGAUCGGACUUUUGGGCCAGAUUCAAAGCAACAUGAGGUUUAUGAGACGGUGGUGGGUCCACUCAUUGAGGAGGUCCUCUCUGGUUACAAUUGUACGGUGUUUGCCUAUGGACAAACUGGCACUGGAAAAACCCACACAAUGGUGGGCACAGAGUGCGCGGCUCUGAAAUCCUCUUGGGACGAUGUCUCUGAAAUUGGAAUCAUCCCUCGGGCUUUGAGUCAUCUGUUCGAUGAGCUGCGAAUGAUGGAACUUGAGUUCUCAAUGAGAAUUUCGUACCUCGAGCUGUACAACGAAGAACUCUGUGAUCUCCUGUCCUCUGAGGAUUCUACUAAGAUCCGUAUCUUUGAUGACAGCACCAAGAAAGGUUCUGUCAUCAUCCAGGGUCUCGAAGAAAUCCCAGUGCACAGCAAAGACGACGUAUACAAGCUUCUGGAGAAGGGCAAGGAACGUCGCCGAACAGCUCAGACCCUGAUGAAUGCUCAAUCAUCUCGAUCCCACACAGUCUUCUCAAUCCUGGUGCACAUCAAGGAGAGUGGCAUCGACGGAGAGGAAAUGCUCAAGACUGGAAAACUUAAUCUGGUCGAUUUGGCAGGAAGCGAGAACGUCUCGAAGGCAGGCAACGAAAAAGGCAUCCGAACCAGGGAAACAGUGAACAUCAAUCAAUCGCUUCUGACUCUGGGAAGGGUCAUAACGGCCCUGGUCGAGCGAACUCCUCACAUCCCAUACCGGGAAUCAAAACUGACUCGCCUGCUGCAAGAGUCUCUCGGUGGACGCACCAAAACCUCGAUUAUCGCAACCAUCUCGCCAGGACACAAAGACCUUGAGGAGACUCUGAGCACCCUCGAGUACGCUCAUCGCGCCAAGAACAUCCAGAAUCGGCCAGAAGUCAAUCAGAAGCUAACCAAGAAAACCGUACUCAAGGAGUACACUGAGGAGAUUGAUAAGUUGAAGAGAGAUUUGAUGGCAGCUCGGGACAAGAAUGGGAUUUAUCUCGCCACCGAGACGUACAACGACAUGACCUAUAAAUUAGAUUCCCAGAAUCGGGAGUUGAACGAGAAGAUGAUGCUUCUGAAGGCUCUCAAAGAUGAACUCACUAGCAAGGAGAAGAUCUUCAACGAGGUGAGUUUGCAUCUCGAGAAAAAGGCUGAGGAACUGCAAAGGAAAGAGAAGGAUCUCCACAAAACUCAAGGCGAACUUCAAUUAACCAAAAAGGCCCUCUCGACGACUAUGCGAAGGUACAAGGAGAAAAAGGUCAUCCUCGAUCGUCACGUCAAGACCGAGGAACAACUCUUGGAUCAAGCGUCCAAAUUGUUGGAAGUCGCUGAUAUUGCAACGAAUGAUACCUUCAAACUUCAUAACACAAUUGAACGCCGCCGAGACGUCGACCAUAAGAUUCAAAGUGCGUGCGAAAAGUUCACAAAUCGAAUGAAGAACUCCUUCGAUCUCAUGGGUCAAAACCUGAAAACCUUACAAAAAGACCACACGUCCCACUUGGAUCUGAUAAAUGAUGAAUUCUCCAACAGCAAGAAGAUACAAAACUCCUUCUUGACCAAUGCCAUGGGCAAAGUCGAAUCCAUCUCGAAUAUGUACGUCGGGGCGUUCGGAUCUCUAACUGACUGUCUCACUCAGCACGUGAUGUCGCUGUCCUCGGGAAAUGCUGAUUACAAAGCAAACAUAAAUGAUGGCCUUGCUGUAGUUCGGGCAAAGGAGAAUGAGUUGAAGGUGAACUUGGAGCAGCGUCUGAGAGAAGUUCAAGACCUCUUCACACAACAACAAUCGAGUGUUGACCAAACAAACGAAAACAUAACCCAGUUGAUUGUUGAAAGUCAUAAAAACAUAACUCAACACACUGAGGAACUUAAGAAACGUCUGGAGGGUAUCGCAGCCAACUCCAAGGUUUCAUUUGAAUCUCAAAUUGGGAAGUUAAACGAGAAUAUCGAGGCGAAGAAGGCUCUAAACGUUCGCCGGCAGAAUCUACUCGCAGAGUGCUUGAAACAGAUGCAACAAAUCGACCAGGAAGACGAGAGUCUCACGGGAGUCAUCUCCAAUGUAACUGAAAAUCUAGAAUCAGGAAAACAACAGAUCCGACAAUCGAUAGAUGCGGAAAUCUCAAGUGCAGAUGAAUUCUGUAAGAAGAGACAUCAGAAGCUUGGAGAGAUUCAAAAGGUGUGUAAUAGUUUCAAGGAAGAUGCUUCACAAAACUUGGCCAAAUGCUCAGGACUUACGCAGUCCGUCGGCAGCGAACAAACUGAGAUAAAUAGAGAGAUUCUGGAACGUCUGGAGGGAGAACAACAGUCGACAGAGAAGUAUUGCGAGGAUGUUUGCUCCACACUUUCCUCACACCGUUCACAGUUCGAAGGAAUUCGGGAGGAAUACACUGGGAAACUCUCGAAUGAAUGUCAAGCCGUGAGACAACUGAUGACAGACGAAAAUAGUCGAUUGAAGAAGCAGGAUAUGCAAAAUAUAGCCUUGACGAAUUCCCUACAAAAGAAUGUCAGAGAUUAUGCUUGUACCUACAAUGAGCAAGUGAAGUACUGCAUCGAAGAUAUCAAUACCUUUAGAAAUAGCGAAACAAAGCCCUAUGCUCCAAGUGGACAAACUCCUUCGAAGAGAGAUUUUUCUUACCCGAGAAUCUUGGCCACAACGUCGCCCCACACUCAGAUUGUAAAACGCUUCCGACAGGAAACAGAUUGUUCCGAUCUUGAGAUGACAAUAAAUGAGGACUCGGAAAUAGCAAAUAUCCUCUCUGAUCCUGAUAUCAUCCUGAAUUCCACCCCAAUCGAAAUGAACACAUCUUCAGAUGACAAAAAUAUGAAAGAUUCAAAUCAGAAAAUCCGGGAAAACGGUCUAAGCCUGCCGAGUCUGAAAGUUCCAUCAAAUAACCGAAGUAAACCAAAUUCCCGCAAGAAUUCCCCAGUUAUUGGCCCAGCGCGAAAAGAGAAUAAGGAAAAUUUGUUUUAACUCAAAAAUUUGUGUAAAUUAUAAAUGAUUAUAAAUUAACUUUAUUGUUAUGUCUUUAAAGGUCCCCUCGUAUUUUAUUUUUUGAAAAGAAAACAAAGCAAAAGAAAAUAAAAAUAAAUAAGAACAAUUAUUCCAAAUGGGAUAAUUUAAAAAAAAAUACAAAAAUAUUCAACAUAAGAAAUUUAUGUAAAAAUUAAUUUCAUAGAAUUUAUGUUUUUUAAAUGUUAAAUGGUUUAUCCAAAUCAAUUUAAAAUGUAAUUCUUUUUCUUUUUAACUUUUGUAGCCCCAAGUGUUUUAGUUCGUAAGCA